UUUUUGUUUCCUUAUAGAUGAACUUCCUAUCUAAUGAAUCAUAGAAUCCCUCAGAGCGGAAGUGGCCUGUCUCCCAGCAGCUUGACGCGGGUUGGCUGGGUCACGCUGCAGCCAGCCGGAUGUUUUGCGUCGCCAGUAUGUGACGGGAACAUUUGCUCAUUUCACCGAAGAAGAUAAUCCUGCGGCUCCAGGGCGGCUCUGGUCAGGCACCAAUGACUCGAUCUUUGUGAGAGGGCAGCAGUGGGCCCGCGGUGCUGGAUGUCUGUGACGGUUCCAUGGGCCAGAAGGACCAUGAGGAGGCAGGAGCGGGACUCAUCCUGGACCUGGGGCUGGAUCUGGAGUACCUCCACGUAGCAGGGGCCGAGCGGCAGGCUGGCUGCUCUGACGGGCCCCCUGCCAUGGAGGAGCAGGGGGAGAGCCCCGGCAGCUGUGGCCCCACCAACGACCCGGAGGAAAAUGGAGGGUCGGAUGCCGAGUGCGAGCCGGCGCCUUCUCCCAGCGACCCAGACGGAGGCUUGACUCUCGGUAAGAACACGCACCAGCCGCUCUGUCGGACCCAGUGUGUGGACUUGGGCACCGACGGCCCUCCUGAGCUCCCAUCAGAAGUUGAAGAUGACACCCCAGCCCAGCCUUCACCCAGCUCCCCCUGUACGCUCCCCCCACCUGAGCCUCCGUGCACCGCCUCCUCAUCAGAGCCGGCCCUCGAGGGCGGAGGAAAGGAGUACCAGGCCAAGCUGGAGUUCGCCCUGAAGCUGGGAUACUCGGAGGAGACGGUGCGCCUGGUGCUGUCCAAGCUCGGCCCCGACACCCUCAUCAACGACAUCCUGGGAGAGCUGGUCAAACUGGGCACCAAGUCAGAGGCAGAGCAGCCGGUCGGAUCAUUAGCCUCUACCUCCUCCUCAUCCUCCUCUUCCUCUUGUGGCUGUUCUGAUCUGCUGGAGAGCCAGAGGUCGGACUCGCCCUGUCCGUCAGAUUCUCUGGGCGACCAGGACAACCUGCGGCCCGUUGUGCUGGACGGCAGUAAUGUAGCCAUGAGCCAUGGCAACAAGGAAGUGUUUUCCUGCCAAGGCAUCCAGCUGGCGGUUGAUUGGUUCCUCGAACGUGGCCAUCAUGACAUCACAGUGUUUGUGCCAGCGUGGAGGAAAGAGCAGUCCCGCCCCGACGCCCCAAUAACAGAUCAGGAGACCCUGCGUCGCCUGGAAAAGGAGAAGAUCCUGGUCUUCACUCCUUCUCGGCGCGUCCAAGGUCGGCGCGUGGUUUGCUAUGACGACCGCUUCAUCGUCAAGCUGGCCUAUGAGUCAGACGGCAUCAUCGUCUCCAAUGACAACUACCGAGACCUGGCUAAUGAGAAGCCGGAGUGGAAGAAGUUCAUCGAUGAGCGGCUGCUCAUGUACUCCUUUGUCAAUGACAAAUUCAUGCCCCCAGAUGACCCUCUUGGUCGUCACGGCCCCAGUUUAGACAACUUCCUGCGAAAAAGACCUGUCAUGCCUGAGCAGAAGAAACAGCCUUGCCCCUACGGAAAGAAGUGCACUUACGGCCACAAAUGUAAGUACUACCACCCAGAGAGAGGUGCUCAGCCUCAGCGUGCCGUAGCUGAUGAGCUGCGUGCCAUUGCCAAAUCUUGUGUCACCACAAAAAACCAGGGGGACACUGGGUUGGUUAAGAGCCACAGUGUGCCAGCUGGCAGCCUUGAUGCUAAAAAAGGCGCCCAGAAAAGGCAGUCAGACCCUAGCAUCCGAGCCCUGUCGUACAGCGACGCGGAGGAGAAGUUGGCCAGAGGGAGGGCGGAAAGCCAGAAGAGCAGUAUGUGUGGCAGUAGCAGUGGGAGUGUAACCAUGUCUACGGCUCCCGGGGGCCCUCCGUCCUGUUUUAGCCUUCCCCAGGAGCAGCAGUCCAGAUCUGUGACUCCUCAUAGUCUCCCAGCCCCGAGCCACGACCUUUACCCUCACUGUGAGUCUCCAGACUUGAGCUACUACUCUGUGACUCGCGCUUACUCCGGCCUGAGCCUCUCCUCCAGACGCAGCCCUGACUGUCGCUUCCCCGCCGACUCAGACCUGCGUCUGGGCUCCAUGGGCUCCGCUGGCUCUGAAUGCGGCAGUGAAAGUAGCGUGAGUUGCGGCAGCAGCUGCGACUCGUACAGCGAGAGGCCGUGUCCUGCCUGCCCCGCAGACACAUUAAUGGAAGACAACGUCCAUUUUGCUAACCCUCACAGCAGAUUGUAUCCCCAUCAUGCCGCGUCAAACCACGAGCUGUGCGGCCUUCAUCCUGCAGAUUACGCCAACAUCCAGCACGGCUACCACCUGACCCGCGGGCAGAGCUGUGCUCACGACCAGCCCCCCCCCGAGGCUCCCCCAAAGCGCCCCCUCUACCCGCUGCCUCCUCACCUCCAGCACCAGCAGCUGACCGCUCGCUCCAGCUGCCCGGGCGACUACCACUCUCUGCCCCAGUCCAGCCCUCACCCCCCCGGCUCUCCUCUCGGACGCUGCCUGGCUCCGACGCGAGGGGAAAGCGUGUCAGACUCUCAUCUUUACGAACACCACUCGACAUCACACCAUCACCCCCGGACAAAAGCGCUGCCCGGCUGGGACUCGUACUACAGACAGCCUCCAUUGCCGCCGUCCAGGUACGAGCCGUCGGCCUAUCAGAGCCUGCCGGACACCCGCCAAUCAUCCUGGCACGCCCGUCCCUGGGCCCAGGAAGGCUACACCCAGCACCACUCCUCCCACCCAGCGCUCCACCCAUCCUCCACACAUUACUUGAACCACCCCCCGCCUCCAGCCCACUCUCCUCACCCUCCUCAUCCAUCCAGCGCUCCUCUCCCACCGUACCCGCCUCACCUAACAAUGCCCUCCCACGCCACUUCCUCCUACAUGCCGCAGCACCCAGAAUCCCCUGCACACAGCCGCUACGGGGACAUGAGGGAGAAGGUGUACGUCAACCUGUGCAACAUCUUCCCCUCGGAGCUGGUGAGCCGGGUGAUGGCCAGGAGCCCCCACAUCACAGACCCCCAGCAGCUGGCAGCCGCUAUACUUGCAGAGAAAGCCCAAACUGGCUACUGAAAAACAAGGGAAAAUGUGUUUUUUCUUUAACAUAAAAUAGCAGUUAUGUGGGUGGUUUGCAUCAGCAGAGCAAUCUGUGGUAUUUCUUUGCAACACUUGAAAGCACGUUGGGUUUGCAUGGUGGAAUUUGAUAUGUUUUUUAAUUGUCUGCAAGUGGAGAUUAAAUCUAUUAAGCUCUGAUCAUUUAACUCAACUUUCACAAAUGUGGGGAGAAUUCUAUUAGUGUGUGACGUGGAGAGUUUUGUCCGACCCAGUAAGACAUUUUAUUUAUUUACUAGCUUAUCAUGAGUCUUUCACAUGCACAACUUAUUAUGCAUUACAUUCAACAGGCACUCUGUUAGUUGGCAUCCCAUACAUCAAAUCUGAGUAAUAUGAAGGAUUAUUUAAACAUUUCCACCACCUUUACGACCAGGUUUUCUUUGAGAUGGACUACACAUUUUCAUAAUGUGCAUUGUAGACCCUCAAGAGUUAAGUCACAAAUAACUAUUUUAAUGUGAUUUGUUAUGUGGCAAAUCCACAUCUGGUACGCCACGGUCACAUGAGUUUCAAACAACUACCUGACCAAGGUUUGUGUAUAAUAUCAAUAUCUUUGUGUGUGUGUGUGUGUGUUGUGCGGCCACUUGAGGGGCUUUUUUCAUGUUGGUAAAAAUGGGUGAAUGCUGGUUGUCUUAUUUGAGAUAACGUCAGUAUUUGGUCAGAGUUGUAGCUGUAGAGAUGGGUGACCCUGUCGUGUGUACCUUAGUUUUAGUAAGGGACAUCUCUCUUUCUCUCUAUCUGUCUCUCUGGCCCUGUCAUUUGGGUCAACUCUGGUAUCUGCUACAGACCGAAAACAUCCGGACAUCAGUAAAUCCAACAUGUAAAUAUAUUUAACAGACUACCCUUGCUGUGUUUUUGGCUAAGAGCGUCUACUGUUGUCUGUAGCAGAUCCCAGCUGAAUCCAUGCUAGACGGAGAAAACCUUGUUUGAUACAAAUUGUAUCAUUACCUAAGUCGCUGAUAUAUACAGUACAUGGAAUUGUUGAUCUGUAUCUAUCAAACACUCUUGAUGUAUUGCUAUAUUAUAAAAUGCAUUGACAACAGUUCCAAUCGAGAUCCAACUUAUAAUCUUGUGGAAAUUGCCUUGAGACAAUUAUUUCAAUUAUGUUUUGAAACAAAAGGGGUUGUCUGCCUACUAUGUUUAGGUUUCACAACUUCUUCUUCAUCCGAGUUUUUGGGUUUGAAGCUGGCUUAUUUUCUACAGGAGCUCCAAUGAAAUCACAUGUGAGAAUUAUGCUUUGGUUAACUGGCCCAAUAAAAAAAAAACAAGUCAACUAGUCACAGUGAGGUUGGGGUCAGUUCAUUUUAAGCUUUUUUUUUUGCCUCUUAAUUAAGCCAGGACGUGGAUAUCCUUUUAAAUAACUGUAAAAUGGUAUGCUUGAAAUAAUGGAGAACAUUGAUGUUUUAUCAGUAACUUAUCUAUUAAAUCAAACAUUAAGUGGACAGACCCCAACCGUGUUUAAUUAGUAACGUUUUUUAUAUUGUAGUCAGUCCCAGAUCCCAUGGCGGCCAUUCUGAAAGUCUGUAACACUCUGCUUCUACUUUGAGUAUUUGCACAUUUAUAAAGCCAAUUUUACUUUGACAAAAAGGACGAGGUCUUCCUUAAAAAAAAAGUCAGUAAAGAAAUAUUGACAGUAUGGCAGUAUUAAAAAAAAAAAAAUGCUAAAACUUCUCCACACACAGGAGGUUACCUGAGCACUAAACUGAUGCUAACAUGUACUUAAUACACACCUGACUUGAAAGGUCCUAAAAGGCACAUUUGGAUGUACGUUGGUUGCACUCCUGCUAGUCGGCCGUUAUAUUCUGAAUGAAGCAUAAGCCUAUCAAGUUUAGUUGUACUUGACGCAAGUUCAUAAUGGCCGCCAAGGUAUUGAAGUCUACCGAGUGAGCUCCUCAUACAGUUCACCAAAAGCCAGCUACAUGAAGCCCACUGGUUUCUUUCCUGUCUUACGUGUCAGAUUGUGCAAAUGAUGAAUAAUUGUACAACGACAUGUGCUGUUGAGAGAACUUUUGUGUGUAUUGAAGAAGCGCCUUCUCUCUGGCCUCCUGGCACUGUGUGUCAGUGUGGCCCCUGAGAGUGGGCCCAAAGUAAUGCCUCUUCGUGGCAUUGUGCUAAUGACACAUCCAAUUCUCUGAACUAUGUUCAGCUAACUGUUAUGCAUGGUUUCUUUUUU